ACAGUUGGCCAACCGCCUGCAGCCGCAUUCUCAAUCGGUUGCUUAUGAUUUUGUAAUUCUCAAUUUUCUUAAUUAAACUUUUUAUAAAAAUUUAGCCAAUAUGCCUUUCAUGAAAGGACGCGCGCCUAUUAGGCGUACAAUUGAUUAUUUGAAUGCAGGCCGCCUUGUACUGAAAGAUAAAGUGAAAAUUUUUAGCGUGAACUACAAUGUAUACGGUGACCACCACAGUGGAGCCAGAGAUUUCGUGUUUUGGAAUUUGUGUCAGAUUCAAUAUAAAAAUCCGAAUGUGCAAGUUGUAACCUUUAAGAACAUGACACCAUCGCCGUUCGUGCGUUGCUACUUUGAGGAUGGCCGUGAUAUGCUGGUCGAUAUUGAUAGCCGGAAUCGCGACGAAAUUAUUGAUCAUCUUUGUAAAGUUGUCGGCAAAUCAAAAGCUCAGUUGGAUGCCGAGGCACAUUUAGCGGAGAGUAAAGACAAUCCCGCCAACUUUGGUUAUGGCUGUGACCGACACUGCAUCUGCGAAAUAAUGGGACAAGUUCCUUGCCCUGGCACUGUCAAACUUCCGGAUCAUCUGCGCGGAAAACAUAUCUUUGCACCAAAGUGAAACAAAAAAAGUAAUUUUAUACGCCUAGCCGUUUCUAGUUCUUAAUUCAAUAGAAAAAAAUACAUUGUUGUUUACGCAUAAA